GCAAGAAGGAGGACGACAAAAAGAGAGAUACAUUAGAAGCAAGAAAGGAAUUAACGUUUUUCAUUGAAUAUCUAAACUCGAGUCUGUCACGGUAGUCACGUGGUAUGCCAGGCGGAGUGGCGGGGAUACUCGAGUGGUGGGAAAAAUCCUUCUAAUACUUGGCAUCACUGCUUUCGCGGCGGAUGUUUCGAGCGACAUUUUCUCGACGGUUGACGCGCGCACGCAGUGGUUAAAUCGGCACGCGCGCAAAUUCGCGGAACGCGACGCGGGGAUUCCUGAAGGCAAUGCGCCGACAAUAAUUGUCGAGCCGCGAUCAAUCCCCGCGACCGUACGUGCAGCUGUUCCCGAUCGUGGUGCGACUCCCUGUGCCUCUGAUAAUUCUCCAGAGCCCUACGAAAGUUUGUCCUUGUGAACCAGUAGUGUGUUAAACUUUGGACUUUGCAACGAUUUUCAUCGAUAUGAUCCUGGCGAUCUCCUACUACACAAACUUCUUCGAAUAAAUACAAGUAAAACAUUAUUGACGCGUGUUCGAAAAGGAGAGCAAAAUGUCCGAAUAUAUGUACAUAUCUGAGUGCGAAUAUUUGCCAUGGCAUUCCACUCGAAAUCGCUUGGACUACAGUACUUACGAAGAGCGCAGGUUCGAGAAACCUGAUAAGAAGCUGUCCAUUAAGAUGGUCAGAUCCGUACUUCGACACAUGCCGGAUGUAGACCUGGAGCAUUGCACGGACGAAUAUAUCACGCGCUUCCUGUUAGCCCGGAAGUAUAACAUCGAGCAGACGGCGGCCCUGAUAGCCGCUUAUCAGGCGCAAAUUACGCUUCGCCAGGAUAUCUUCGGCAAUCUCACCGCCCGGGACCCGGCAUUGCAGCGCGCGCUUCGCGCGGGCAUACCAGGUGUUCUGCCCGCGCGCGACAGGAAAGGCAGAUGCGUGCUGGUUAUUUUAGCGUCUCAAUGGGAUCCCGUAGCCGUGCCCGCAUUGUCCGUUCAACGAGCGAUUUUCUUAGUUCUAGAAAUACUUAUUCAAGAUCCUCGAAAUCAGCAAUCCGGUUUCGUCGCCGUAAUAGACUGGGGCGGAUUCUCGUUGCGACAGGGCGGUGCAUUGGGAACAGCGGCUCUGCGAAAUCUAAUAGCUGCUCUACGUGGGCGAUUUCCUGCCCGAUUCAAGGCAAUACACUUCCUCUCGGCGCCGCUCUACGUCCAGGCGACAUUGGCCUUAGUGAAGCCGUUCUUGGACGAAAAGACACGGAAUAAGAUUUUUCUGCACGGCAACAAUCUCAGCACGCUUCACGAACAUUUACCGACGGACAUCCUGCCGGCGGAGCUCGGUGGAACGGGGCCAGCGUUCAACCCAGGAUUGUGGGCCGAGCCGGUUAUUCACUCGGCGAUGAAAGAGGCCGAGCUCACCGCCGCCGCCACCGCCAAAAAGGGAAAAGAACGUCAGGUCGACAUGCAAGAGCCGACCAACCUUCGAGACGACUCAACAACCGCAAGCGGAAAUCAUCAGAGGAGCGAUUGCUCGAACGUCUCGGCGAACGCGGGCAAAACUUCUCUGAACAAUUUCGAUGAACCUACGAAACACUCUUUCGGAAGAGCGACGCAGAGCGAUGUGGAGCUAAAUGUGGUGAAUAAGCGAUCGAAUAAACAGAAAGAGACGAUGGAAAGAUUUAUGACAAGAAACAGCGAGGACAGCUUCAAGGAACAAUUGCAUGAACAAAUCAGUAUCGGGAACAUAAACGAGACACAUCAUGUUGAUGAUAAUAGAACGGACGAGCUCAAAAAUACGAAUGACUUGAAAUUGUUCCUCGACGCGGACAUCAACCUGAACGAAUUCGAGAUGAUCCCCAGCAGAUCGUGCAGCGAGAGCAGCAAGGACAACUUGCUGGACAACAGAUUGGAACAGAAGGCUCUCAUCGCCAUCUGUAACAACGAAACACCGUCGGAAAAAACGAAUCUUAUAACGUAAUGCCAAUCUCCGUAUAUAGAUCUAAGUACUUGUAAUGUUUGUUGAUAAAAAUCUGUCUCUUCCCGCUGAAUGAGUUUUUUUUAUAAGCGACACGAAUCUGUGAAUAAUAACUUGAGUAGUCUUGAGAUACUAUAAUUUUUUCAAUAAUAGCAACAGGUUUCUUUGUAGACUAUUUUCUAGAUAUAAUUUGGUUCGGUGCUUUUCCGGUUGCAGAUUUCCGUUUAGAAUAUAUAAAACCAGGAAGUCAAAUUUUUAUGUUGAUCUUAAAAUACUACUGAAAGUGAGUAUUAAAAGCGCAUUGAAAAGUUCUCGAACUUUUAUUCUUUUUAUCCUUAAUUGUACUUAUAAAACGUGCAAAAAUUAUGCUAAAUUUGAAUUAAAGCUUACACACACAAAAAAGAACAUGACAUAUUCCGUUUAUGUGUUAUGAUCCUUGCAUUAGGAAUGUUUAGCUUAAUUGCGACAAUUGUUGAAACUGUGGUUCCUGUUUUUACAAAUUAGACAGCUCUUCUUAAAACAAUUUAAUUGCUAUUAAAAGGGCUGUAAAAUACUUAGAAAGAUAAGGGCUGUUCAUGGUACUUCAUAAUCAUUCAUAUAUAUUUUAGCACAAUUGUCAGAUAUGUUUCCGAACUUGUAAAGAUUAAUUGAUCAUAUGCUUUUUUGAUUGCAGUUAUGAGAGUUGAAGAAUGAAUGAGCAUGAGAGAUUUCAUGAAACAUACACCCAUAAAUAUUGUAUACAUUUAUCAAUAGUUUGAGAGCAUGCUUCAUACUUAGUAAUAAAAUAAAUAUUUUGGAUAUAAUCUAUAUAUUUUUUUAAUGAUGUACGUACAUAUUUUAAAUAGCAUCUAUGCGAACUAAAAUAUAGUUUUUUCAACUUAUAAAAACUAUGACGCUAUAUUUUAAACGUAUACUGCAAUUUGUUCUUCCAAUGACUUUUUAACUCAUUGAUCAAUUUUAUCUUUUGCAUAUUUGAAUUUUACAUUUGUAUAUGUACAUGUAAUAAAUUAUUUAAUACAAAAA